UGAAGUAUCACAAAUUUAUAGAUUGCAAAUUUAAUGCAGAAAUUGCAUUCGGAAAACUUGGGCGUUUUACCAACAACCCGGUAGUGGAAUAUUAUUGAUAAUCAUUCCUUAACCUCGCUUCAUCAUGCUUGUACUUGUCUUGGGUGAUUUACAUAUACCCCACCGCUGUAGUAGUUUACCAGCCAAAUUCAAAAAACUCUUAGUGCCCGGCCGGAUACAUCACAUAUUAGUUACAGGCAAUCUUUGCACAAAAGAGUCGCAUGAUUAUCUAAAAACAUUAGCCAACGAUGUGCAUAUUGUACGCGGUGAUUUUGACGAAAACCUUUCAUAUCCCGAACAAAAAGUGGUGACAGUUGGUCAGUUUCGUAUUGGUUUAUGUCAUGGCCAUCAGGUUGUGCCAAGAGGUGAUCCGGAAGCCUUAGCGUUAGUGCAACGACAAUUAGAUGUGGAUAUACUUAUAACGGGCCAUACUUAUAAAUUUGAAGCCUACGAGCAUGGUAACAAAUUUUAUAUAAAUCCCGGCUCGGCAACUGGAGCAUUUAAUCCGUUGGAUACAAAUGUAAUACCUUCAUUUGUUUUAAUGGAUAUACAAAGUUCAACUGUUGUGACAUAUGUUUAUCAGCUAAUAGGCGAUGAAGUCAAAGUGGAGCGUAUUGAAUACAAGAAAAUCUAAUUGAGCAUUUCAUGAAAUCUAAUAUAGAGCGAUGUUAAGAUACAUACAUACAUAUAUUACGUUACCAUUAAAAGUACUUUGAUUUAAAAAUGAAAGAGUAUUUUAU